AUGACCUCAUGUAUUGAAUGUCAACUGGAUCUCUAUGCUCCCCGAGCAGCGGUACCGCUCUGCACACUGGCCACAAUCCCUCGACAACCGGAGCACUGCAUUGAGUGGGCACACAUCAUUGCUUGGGACCAGGAGAAACCCUUUCCUAAACUGGACAAGGAUGACCCGGAGCAUAUUCAAUGGCUUUACCAAAAGGCGCUCAUUCGUGCUAUGCAGUUCAAAAUCCCAGGAGUCACCUAUUCAUUAACACAGGGUGUUAUCAAGAAUAUUAUUCCCGCUAUCGCCUCGACCAAUGCCAUCAUCGCCGCAAGUUGCUGCAACGAGGCCCUGAAGAUCGCAAGUGGUUGCGCGCCGGCUCUGGGCUUCACCGACAACUAUAUGACAUACUCAGGAAACGAGAGCAUCUACACUAAUACGUUUAAUUACGAGAAGAAAGAUGACUGCCCGGUCUGUGGGCAGGUGGCGCGCCCGCUGGAGGUCAACCCAGACCGGACGUUACAGGAGCUCUUGGAUUCUCUCGCAGGCCGACCAGAAGCACAGUUGAAGAAGCCUUCUAUCACUGCCGAAGGCAAGACGUUAUAUAUGCGGUCCCCGCCGGGCCUAGAAGAACAGACUAGACCAAAUCUAGACAAGACAUUGAAGGAGCUUGGCCUGAUAGAUAACCAGGAGGUUGCUGUCACGGAUCCGGCUUUUGCGACAGUAUCUUUCACAUUCAUACUGCAAUUUCGAUAA